AUGAACUAUGAUUUAAGUUCUUCUAGUUCAGGUUCUGAAUUUUUUAAUUCUAUGAAUCAAGAUUACAUAGAAUGGAGUCAGCUCGUUGAUGCUGAGCAACAAAACGAAGAAGAAAUUGUACCCCACACUAGAAAAUAUGUGCAUAGGGAACGUGAGGAAGCUUAUGAAACAUUGUUUCAUGACUAUUUCAGCAACGAACCUCUUUACCCCGAGAAUAUUUUUCAUCGAACGUUUCGUAUGGAUAAGCAUGUUUUCCUUCGUAUUGUCGAAGGUAUAACAGCUGAAGAUGAUGAGUUCUUUACGCAAAAUCUGGAUGCUACUAGAAGGAUGAGUGCAUCUGCACUCCAAAAAUGCACAACGGCUAUCAGAAUGUUGGCAUAUGGUUCAUCCUCUAAUACUGUUGACGAGUACCUGAAAAUCGCUUCAAGUACCGCUAGAGAAUGCCUUCUUCAUUUUGUCGAAGGGGUUGUUGCUAGAGUUGGACCUGAAUACUUGAGGAAGGCAAAUGCAAAUGACAUUGAGCGUCUUUUACACGACGGUGAGCGUCAUGGCUUCCCAGGCAUGAUGGGAAGCGUCGAUUGCAUGCACUAG